AUGAGCCCCCCUUCUCCCAAAAAGAAGAGUGGCGGCGCUCCGUCUGGGCCUCGACAGAUCCGGUUUGUCGCUACUGACGGUCAACCCCAAACCAAGCGCCGCCGAGUCAACGCCGCAUUCACCUUAGUUGUCUCACCUGUCGCCGGCGCAAGAUUCGUUGUUCGGGAGAACAGCCAGUCCUUGGCUGAUGCACACCAUCCACCACUAGUAUGUAAGACCUGCUCAGACUACAAGCAUGUCUGUCUCGGCUACACCGAGUCCACCGCGCACUUACGAUCUCAGUCCGACUCGGCGUCGCGCGCCCCGGCAGUUCCCCCUCCCACAGACUCCAGCCAGCGCACCAACCGAGCGGUGGAGAGCUGUUCCCCGGAGCCCCCACCAGCACCUGUCAUCACCCCCAAGGUCAACACCGAGAAGUCCCCGCAAGUCCCGAAGCAGACGGUCCCGAAAGAUGGGUCUUCGAGAGAUACAACGACGCGCACAAAUAAAGAGUCGGAUUCACUGGCUGCGGGCGACAGCCCAGAAAGUAGUCGCACUUCUAUGAGCUCCAGUAACCGCACUCAUGUUCCAUACUUCAGAUAUUUCGGGCCAACAGCCAUCGUGCCGGGCUUCAAGCAAAUGGUUGUCCAAGUUCGAGGUUCGCGCAAGAGCAACCCAUCCAUGUCCUCCGAGUCCCUCUCGCCGCUCCGAAGUCCAAAACCCUCCGACGUUCAUGUCGGCCUUUCAGCUCCCACGGCAGAUACCCGCGAUACUCGUGACUCUAACACAAUCCCAUUCUACGACCGUGACGAUGCUUUGGCCGUUCCAAAUCUCGUUUAUCAUCUAUGCGAUCUGUUUUUUGCGCAUCUCGGCUGCAAUUUUCCUUUCCUCCAGCGAGACAGAUUUCUCCAGGAUCUGAAGGAAAAGAAGGUUGAUACAAUGUUGGUGGAUGCGGUCUGCGCUUUGGCCGCACGAUUUUCUCCUCAUCCACUCCUCGGUCCGCCACAGGCACCACCGAUUGAUCGCUCGCAACCCCCCGUUGAUAUCAGGCUGUGGGACCGGGGCCUGCCUUUUGCACAUCGAGCCAUGAGUGCCCUUGUUGAUUCAUUGUCAUGUCCGACUCUCUCUGCCGUUCAAGCGUGCCUUUUGUUGGCCUAUGAACAAUUUGGAUCCAACCAUGAUAGUGGCCUAUGGAUGUACCUUGGAAUUUCCAUUCGCAUGGCGCAGGAUCUCGGACUUCAAAAACUUCAAGGAUUAAAGCAUAACUAUGGCCAAAAAGGAGUAACUCCUAGUGAAGUGAUGACCGGUCAGGCUGGGAAGUUACGAGAAGACCAGUAUGACGACCUGGAUAUUUAUCAAAGUCCGAAAACACACCCGCCUGCAUUUGGCACCGAACGUGCAAGGGAACGGGAACGGGUGGACUCAUUCUGGAGCAUUUUUUUCCUCGACAGAGUCAUUUCCUCCGGGACUGGUCGGCCGGUCACACUGCGUGAUGAAGAUAUCGAGCUAUGUUUUCCACUUCAGUCUGAAUCGCAACUUCCGAACGGGUGGCCUGCGCCCUUUCCACCUCUCAUCCGGAUCAUUCAUCUCUAUGGGCGAGUCACAGACCUGAUCAAUGGUAUCCAGGACGUGAAUCAUGUCACUUCAGACACGCUCAAGAGACUGGCGGGAAUGGAAAGCGAUCUGACCGGUAUUUAUCAACGGCUAUCACCCAAGCUUCACUUCAAUGCUGCGAACUUCCAGGCAUAUGUAAAGGCCAAAGAAGGCACUAAUUUCAUUCUCUUGCACUUUUGGUUUCAUACUCUAAUUGUGCUUCUUCACCAGCCGACUCUCCUAAACUCCUUCGGUGGAACAAUACAGCAUCUGUAUCCAAACAGUCGUGAAUUAUCAAUGUCUUCAGCCAAGACCAUCGCCGACAUCCUCUCUUUCUCCGAACUUGUCGACGGAAAGAGCUUCAUCGGCAACCCCUUCACAAGCCAGCCUAUGUACAUCGCGGCAUGUGCUUUCCUGAUGGAAAGCGCCCACUACUCAUCACCUUCUUCAAGGUCCGCCUCUCCUCCGCCACAACCGCUUUUGACUAACCAGUCAAGUGGUUUCGUGAUGCCAACAAUGGAGUCAUCGAAUGGCUCGGAGCGCAAGUCUACUGCCAAGCAUAUUCUACUUGCAUCCGCCGCGAAGGAGAACUACCAGCGCUGCUAUAAGGCAUUAAAAGCAUUGAAUACCUACUGGGAGGGCACGCGAUAUAUCCUGACGGUUCUCGACCAAAAGGCCAAGGGUAUUGUCGAUCCACUUCUGUAUACCGCCGAGGAUAUGGAGAACGCCGCGGAAAUUUUGCCUGUCCAGACUUUUGGAUCAGCUGGUUGGGGUGCGAGCAGGGCAUCAGACUCUAACCCGGGCGCGGAAAGACCACCCGCUGUUGCAGACAUACCUCCCGAUGGAAAAUGGUCUCCAAAGAUUGACCCCAGUCAAGCUAUUGGAUGGGCUUUGACUGGCGCCACGAACUCUUCGCAACCCAACCUGAGCUUGCUCUACCAAAUGCCUUCAACUCACACUGAUGCUGCUGACACGAACAAACCUGCCUAUUCGUCUCAGUACAGCCAUAGCUACCCAGCAUUGCCUGUCCAAACAAAUUCCGCACACACUCCCAACGCUUCCUUCCCGCAAGCCGUCCAACCAACUCGUGCACACGAGGAAAGUAGGAGAACGCCUCUAGCCACAGCCAAUGCGAAGAUCUCCCAAGUUCCGAGCUGCCCGAUCGGUGCAGAAUCUCCUUAUUAUCUGGGAACAAAUUCUACUUAUCCUGAGUCAAAUGUUCGCAUCUCUGCUGCAGCCCAAUCCACCUACGGUCACGGUAUUCCUUCUCCGAUGGAUGGACACCCCUCUGCUUAUCCCUACCCCGUCUCCUCUGCAGCUGCAGUUCACCAUACCAGAAAUCCGCACAUGGGCUCACAUGGCGAUCUGCAUCCUAGCAUGACCUCUCACACCGGGGGUAUGAUGAUUGAAAGCCACGAUGUUGACAUGAAUACCCUGCAGCAGCAGGAAUCUUUCCCGUUCAAUAAUGGCGAGAUCCUCCCCUGGUUAGAAUACCUUCCGCAAGAUGUUCUCAGCUUCUUUGGCGAAUCCCAAAAUUACCCCAUUAUGAGCCCCGACGACGCCACGCCCCGGCACCAAUAA